AUAUACAAAAAUUAUUGCUCUGCAAAAUGGAUCAGUCAAACAUGGUGGAGAAUUCUCUCUCGAAAUCUCUGACAAAGAUCUCAGGGCCAAAGGGGCAGUCAGGCGUUCCUGAGAAGGAGUCCCCGAAAGAUCCGAAAGGAGAUGCCUUCAGCCUCUGCGGAAAGCCCAGUUUCAUCAUUUGCAAGGGCAGGAGGAUUCCAGAUCUGAUCGAAGUGCCCAGUCCCCCGGAUCUCCGGCAGAUGCAGGUCGGCGAGGGGGCCAUACUGAAGAUCCAAAGCAUAGUGAAGCGUCAAAGUCGCAUCAUGUCAUUGGUGGACUGGAUACUCUUCCGCAAGAAGGAAGUCUCCCAUGGCGAGGGGGAGGAUCUGGAAACAGACGAUUCCACUGGCAAUGAUGAGAUCUCAAAUUUGUAAUGUUAAAGAAAGAUCCCGAGUACACGAGAGCAAUUCCUUAAAA